AUGUCGGCUCCCGUCAAUCCUCAAGUCGCGACGGCGCCCUCAGAUUCCCCCCCCGGACAACAGUCAGAUGCACUUUCGGCCAUUCAGAACGAUGCACCGCCAAGCGCUGCGGCCACCAGUAUGGAUGUGUCGCCUGCACCCGAGACUGCCCUUCCCUUCGACACGCCCCAGUCACAGCCAAUGACUGCUACCGCAUCCUCCUCCUCGCAACAUCUUCCUCUCGAAAACGGAGAUGGUCCUGCCUCUGGCCCUUACGGAACUCGCUCAAGAAAUCGUACCGGUGGUACACGUCCUAAUUAUGCCGAAGACAAGGAGUUGGACAUAGAAUUGGAAACAUUGCCCAAAAUCAGCCGGUCCAGCAAGAGGCCCUCGGCCACCGCCUGCGAACAGCCACCUGCGCCUUCAGGCUUCGCAUCGGUCAACCAUUCGAAUGGUGACCAACUGCCUGAGCAUGCACCGGCGGGCCAUUCGUCUACGCCAACGCCAGCCUCGACUCCGGCACUGUCGAAGAAAAGAAAGCAUCCAGGAAGUCAUCAUACUGUCGCUUCCAACUCAAACAUGGUUUCAAGCUCGCGGUCCCGACACACCACUUCAGUCCCCUUCAAAGGUUACGUCGAGACCAAUAUGAUGAGCUUCACCCGUUGCGGCCAACGACUGAACGCAAAGAAGCAAUUAGUCGCCGAUGAUGGCACAAUUGUCCAGGCAAAUGACCAUGUUUACUUCGUCUGCGAACCUCCCGGAGAGCCUUACUAUCUGGCACGAAUCAUGGAGUUCCUCCACACCGAAGGGGACUCUGAAGGUCCGGUUGAUGCCCUGCGAGUCAACUGGUAUUAUCGACCAAAAGAUAUACUUCGGCGUGUUCAAGAUACUCGAGUCGUCUUCGCUUCCAUGCAUUCAGAUACCUGUCCGCUCACUUCGAUACGUGGGAAAUGCAAUAUACAUCAUUUGUCGGAAAUUUCCAACAUGGAUGAAUAUCGUGGUCAGCAGGAUUCAUUCUGGUUUGACAAACUGUAUGAUCGAUACAUGCUUCGUUAUUACGAAGUCAUUCCGACUCACCGAGUCGUCAAUGUUCCCCAACAGGUCAAGGCCGUUCUCGAUCAACGCUGGAAAUUUGUCCUGGUCGAAAUUGGGCGGGGACGAGAGUUGACAAGUGAAAGCAAGAAAUGUACAAAAUGCGAGCAGUUUGCCAGCAACCACGAUUCGGUGGAUUGCGCAGUCUGCAAAAGAACCUAUCACAUGCAAUGUGUGAGGCCACCAUUGCUGAAAAAGCCGGCUCGAGGCUUUGCCUGGGCGUGUGCUGCCUGCAGCAGGGCCCAGGAGCUUAAGAUGGAUGCCCGAAACACACCAGCAGGCUCAGAAACCGCGCCAGGCGAUGAUGAUCUGAUGGACGAAGAUGAGGACGACGCUCACCCCAAAGACCAGGACACUCGUGAGAGCAGUAUCGUUCCCGGAUCACAUCCAGCACCCACCCCGGCCCAGAUUGCUCAAGCGAAUCUCUGGCCUUGGAGAUAUCUGGGUGUUCACGCACGCGCAGAAGAUGCGUUGGAUUACGAUGAUCGAAUAUAUCCUCGUGCCAGUUCUAGACUGGGUCCUCGCCAUCAGGCCAACGUCAAUGUGUGGCACGGCCGACCGGUUGAACUGGUCAAACCGGCCGAAAUCAAGCGCAAGUAUUUGAAAAAUUCCCAUCAUCUGAAGGGCGGUAAACCUUCGAAAGAUACCGGCACCGACACUGACAAAGAUCAACGGCUCAAACGUCCUAAAUGGGUCGUGGACGAGCCCGUGGGUUAUGUUCCUCGUGGGCAGGACGAACAGAUCGAAAUCAAGGGCAAAAAGGAACAUACGGCUCAACUGCUUUUCAAGAUGCCCGAACCUUCGCAGCUCCCGGAAAGAGGUGGCGAUGACACCGCGACACCCGAAAAUGCGGAGGCAUUGGUAGAUGACUAUAUGAAGAGAGUCAAACCCAUUGCUGCGCAAUACAAUUUGCUGGAUUCCUCCGUUGACUUCCUGACCAAGGCGAUAGAGAAAUUGCAGGAAAAUGAAUAUGACGUCGAAAAGGCGUUGGAAGCAAUGAAGGGACUUUCGCUGAGGGCUGAUUUGAAACAGCCUGAUUUGAACCGAGAAGAGAUCAAACGUUUCGAAGAAGGAGUUGCCAAAUACGGCAGCGAGCUCCAUGCUGUAUCUCGUCAUGUGGGGACGAGUGUCAAAGAGUCGCGAAUUGUUCGUUUCUAUUACAUGUGGAAGAAAACAGAGAGAGGGCGACAGAUUUGGGGUAACUUCGAGGGCCGACGUUCCAAGAAAGAAUCGAAGCGAGCUGAUAAGGACGGAAACGUGACCAAAUUACUGGAUGACGUCGCCGAUGAUCAUGAUGAUUCUGCUUUUGAUGAUGAAAAAGCUGCGCAAAAGAAACGCGGAUUUGAGUGCAAGUUCUGCGGCACACACCACUCUCGACAGUGGCGGCGCGCCCCGGGUACUCCCCCCGGCACACUCGUACCUAAAGAUCCUUCCGCAAAGAAUAGCAAAGACAAAAGUCAAUGGCUUACACUGGCAUUAUGUGGAAGAUGCGCGUAUCUUUGGCGCAAGUAUGCGGUACAGUAUGAGGACAUCGAGGAGGUGUCGAAGAAAAUCGCGUCUUCGGGCAGCCGCGCUGCCAAGCGCAAGGUCGAUGAGGAGUUGCUGCGUCUUAUUCUUGAGGCGCAUCAAAUGUCUGGAGAUCCAAUCCCCCCACGAGCGGUUGACGAGGUCAACAAAGCCGGCCUGGAAGUACCGCAGAACAUCAUCCAACCGGAUGAGCCACCGAAGAAGAAAGGCAAGACGGACAAAGAUGCGGGCCAAGGAACUCCAGAUGUUGUGCCCGAGAAGAAGAAGGCGCCCGAAAAGCCACAGGAGCCUCCUCCGAUCGAGCCGGAUCCUCCCAAGGUCAAAAUCCAUCCUUGUGCCGUGUGUCGCGUUAUCGAGGUGCCUGGACAGGAAUUGCUCAAAUGUCGCGACUGCCGACUUCACGUACAUGGCUCAUGUUACGGAGUGGGGUUGAAGACCAAUACCAAGCCCUGGUUUUGUGAUAUGUGCCGGAAUGACCACAACCUCCAGGUGUCAACCACGUACGAAUGUGUUCUCUGUCCAGUCAAAUAUACGACCCAAGAACUCAUGGAACCGCUCAGAGUGUCACACAAAAAGAAGUCAGAUCGAGAACGCGAAAAGGAGCGGAUCGAAAGAGAAAUCAUCCAAGAGGCUAGUCGUCGAUGGCGUAUGGAGCAAGAAGCGGCCGGCCGCCCUGUCAAUCCACGCGAGGCACUAAAAAGAACGGCGUGGAACAAUUGGAUUCACAUCACAUGCGCUCUCUGGACCAAGGAGAUCAAAUUUGGCAAUUCAGAAUUGCUUGAUGAUGCCGAAGGUGUCGGUUUCAUCCCCGCCGACAGAUUUGAGCCGGUCUGCAAAAUCUGCAAGCAAACUGGGUAUCCUACAGUCAAAUGCCACCAGUCAAAUUGCAACACCUACUUCCACGUCGGCUGUGCGCAUCAAGCAGAAUACACUUUUGGCUUUGAUGUAGCUCCGGUCAAGAGCAGUCGACGCGACUCGGUCAAUGUGAUGAAACUGGAGUUAGAAACCGGCAUUGUCACUGCUGGGAUCUGGUGCCCAAACCAUCUUCCAUCCACUGUCGUUCACAACAUGCUGGAGCCCACAGAAUCUGGGCUUACUGCCAUGCAGUUAUUUGCCCGUACUUAUAAACAGGUCGAUAAUUCCAUCACUGGUACCGUCCGUCGGGCAGCACAGUUUACGGCAAACUUGACCGGUUCUGCGUCUGCAGUUCAGCCUCCACCGCGGCGGAGUUCCACUAUCAAUGGCGCAACGAACGGCACGACCAUGCCAUCAGAGAGGACCGGUGGUCCAAGUCUGAGAACGUCUCCUGCGGCCGAAUCGCCUCAGGAUUCAGAUGACGGACCAAAUGAAUCAAGAAUGAUUGAAAAUGCAGCCAAAAGGACCAGCGGACAGAAAAAGUGCUGCACUUGUCUUGUGGACGUGAGUCCCAGAUGGUGGCCUUUACGACCGUCGCAGAAAUCUUCAUCUGUGGUGAAUGGAACACCAUUGGAGCACGGCGGUGAACACAGCUCUCUCAAUGGCUCUCGUGAUACCGUGAUGACCAACGGCAUUGUCAAAGCAGAACCCGCCGAUGGCGAUUCCCUUGCUGCCAUUGUGGAAGGCAAGGAUCGAGCGAUGUUCCAGUGUCACAAAUGCCAUAUCCUGAAACGAACACCCCCUUCGUCUCCGUCACAGGUCAAACCUCGUGAAAAACCUCCACCAGAGCCAACUCAAGAACCUUACCCAUAUCCGCCAUCUUAUCCCCCCCCACCACCGACCGGGUAUCCGCUGAAUCGGCCACCACUUGAAGGAGCUCCUCAUUCACAUUCGCAUCCACUAGGUGCCCCGGUUCCUCAUCAUUCACCUUGGCAGAAUCCUCCUCCACCGCAAUGGUCAUCUCCUGGAGUGCGAGCUGUACGUCAUCCAUCUCCUCCGUCUGUCGGAGGACUUUAUGGACAACCGCUAUAUCGACAAGCACCGCCACCGGAAUACAAUCAAUCUCCAUAUAGUAGACCAGCACAUCCUUCUCCAUAUACGAAUAUGCCUGGGCCACCACCACCUCCUCCACCACCGCCUCCCUCCGCUCCAGGGCCUUUACCUCAACAUUCACCUCCUCCUGCACCUUAUGGGCAUCCUCCUCCACCGCCACCCCCUCACCCCCAUGUUCCACCGUCAUCUUCCACACCACCACAACCACCACCCCGUCAGCCUUCUCCUCCACGGUAUGCUCCUGAACGUCCACCAGUCCCUUCGCCUCAUCUUGGAUUAGGAUCAUCGACUAUCUUAUCUCGAUCAUUUGCUCCUGAAUCAGCUCGUCAACCCGCCUCAGGUUCACCUGUCAAUGGUUAUUCGGCACCACAUUCUUCUGCGCAGAGACUAUAUAAUCAAGUUCCCCCUCCACCUCCGCUACCUCCGCCGCCUUCUGUCGUCCGACGUUCGCCAUCGGCACAAUCGCUUACUCAAAUUGCCCAGGCAGCUAGUGAACAAACAGGGCGGCCGCAUUCAAGACAAACUAGUGUCGAAAUGGCGGGGACGACUCCGAGGUUUGGACCGAGACCUUUCCCUGAAAGCCCACAACAAAGACCAAUUACUCCAUCCAGCGGACUAGGGUUAAGGGAAGAUAGGAGAGAUGGACCGGGUGCCAGUGCAAGUCCAAGUUUGAAGAAUUUGUUGAGCUAG